UUGAUAUUUUCGGCCGAGUACACUAAAGCAAUGGAUCAGAAUUAUCACAAGGAUCAUUUGGCCUGCAAGAACUGUGACAAGAAGCUGAUUGCUUGUCGUUAUAUCCUGAAGGAAGAGCAUCCACACUGUAUACCUUGCUACCAGGAACUUUUCGCACACAAUUGUGAAGAAUGCAAGAAACCGAUUGGCCCAGAUUACAAGGAUUUGUCAUACAAGGAUCACCAUUGGCACGAGUUCUGCUUCAAAUGUGUUGAGUGUCAGAAGACAUUAGUUGAUCAACCAUUUGCUCCGAAGAAUGACAAGAUUUUCUGUGCUGAUUGUCAUGACAACAACUUUGCUGCAAGAUGUGAUGGCUGCACACAACCAUUUAAAGGAGGAAUGAAGAAGUUUGAGUACAAGGGCAAGCAAUGGCAUGAGGAAUGUUUCACGUGCAUGGUGUGCAAGGAGCCAAUCAGUAACAAGAGUUUCAUCCCUCGUGAUGAACAAGUUGUCUGCGUUCCAUGCUAUGAGAGAGAUUUCGCGCAGAAGUGUACUAAAUGUAGUGGGGUAAUUAACAAAGGAGGCGUGGCUUACAAGAAUAUGCCAUGGCAUAGGGAGUGUUUUACUUGCACUCAGUGUGAGAAGGAGUUGGCUAAGGAGAAAUUUACAUCUAAAGAUGAAAAACCAUACUGUGCUGAUUGCUAUGGAGAACUGUUUGCUAAGAAAUGUUGCAGAUGUUCAAAAGCAAUUACUGGCUUUGGAGGCACUAAAUUUAUCUCCUUUGAAGAGCGUCAUUGGCAUAGCGACUGUUUCGUCUGCUACAAGUGUGAAUCUUCUAUGGUUGGCCGUGGUUUUCUUGUCAAUGAAGGAGACAUCCUUUGUCCUGAAUGCGGACGGAAUUAGAUAGUCAAGUUAUCUCUAGGUCAUUUUUAGUAGAUAGAAUAUAUGAAAUAAACAAAAUAGUCAGAUCCAUGUGAUGUCCAAUUGACCGUAUUGAUGGUUCUAUUCAACAAUAGUCAUAACUCAAAGAACUUAAAAUACAGAUUAUGACAGUGUUAUAUUAACUCUCAUAUUGUUUAAUGAAUGUUAUAAAAUCUAACUGUUUCACCUGAAAAUAUUGACAGAGAUAAUAUACCUGUUUAUUGUAAUUUAUUGUCACUAGAGUAAAUCCCGAUUUAAUGUACCAGAGACUUUGAUAAUGGAUUUUUAUAUGAUAAAAUAGAAAUUGUCACCUAAAAUUAAGCUACAGUCAUACAUUAUAUCUGAAAAAAUAAUAUGCAAACUUCAAUGCUUUUUAUAUUAAAAGCAGAACUUGCUGUAUUUUAGGUAUGACUUUCACAUAUUAAAUAAACAAACCCAAUGUAUAUGUUGAAAUAUUUUCGAUUUUAUGAACUGAGAAAGAUAAAGCUAUAGCUAAAUCUUUUAUUGUUCUUAUUUUAUCAACUGUGCCACAUUAAGUGAUGGCAAAUUUUUAUAUAUAUAUAAUUGUUAUUUCAGCCAAUUUCCAUUAGAAGAAAAGUACUUUAUACAAUUUUAUUACCUUUCGAGUUAUAAAGUAUUUUUUGAUGGAUAAGUAAUUUUUUCCAUUGAUAUUUAUCAAUGUGCUUAUGAACCUUCAUGUUUUGCUCCAACGAAAAAUGGAAAAAAUAAUUUUUUUUGACAAAAUAUGCAUUGAUUGAUUGCAAGAAAUUUUAAAUUUGUAUAUAAUAUCCAGUUGACUGAGAUGUCACUGUGAUAAUGUUAAUACGUCUUUCAUAUUUCGAGAAUCUCUCUCUAUCUGCAUUUUCUUUGUGUUGUUAUAUGAAUCUACUAUGACUUGUAACAGAGUUUUAAAAAUAUAACCAGUAUAGGAAGUACAUUUGAUUCAAGAAUUAAAGUAGGUAUUGCUUGGAUGCACUUGAUUUUUUUUAAUGCUAAAAUUAUCUGUUUGGUAAAAUUGAUUGUAAUAUAUAUAAAGAAGAAGAACUAUGUUCUCUUAAAUUCACUAGCAGUAUUUUACCAUCUAUAUAAUGCAAAUUGGCAGAUACAUGUAUUCAGAGCAAUAAAUUUAAUCCAUUUCACACAUCUUAUAUGCAAUUUAGCAUGACUCAUUUAUGGUUUGUUUAUUGUGUAAAACAAAAUUUUAAGAUGUAUACUUGUGAUACAGAUAUAAACAACAUUAUCCAUAACAUAAACUGCCAUUUUGAGUGCAAUUUUACAUUAAUAUAAGAAAAUGUUAACAUAAGGAAAUGAAUGUGAAGUUUAUUUUUAUUUUUUGUCAAGAAAUUAAGUUUUUGAAUUUGGAUAUUAUUUGUAGAAGUUACAGAUGUGUUAUUAAAGUAUAUUAUUAACUAAGUUUAUUUUCUUAGACUAAAGUUUUUGUAAAGUAUAUUGUACAUAAUUUUUACAAAUUUGAUCAUACUAAUUAUGCUUGGAAUUUAAAAAGAAAUAAGUAAAUUCCCUGUUUAUUAAUGUUUUUACAUCUUAAUGAUUUUUGUAAAAUUUCAUAUUUUACACACAAAAAAUAUUUUAGUGCUUGCUACAUCAAUGCUUGCCAUUUAAUAUAUUAUCUCAAAUUCAUGAAUAUUUAAAGUAGUUUUUACAGAAUUCUGUACAUAUUUAGAUAGUUAGAUAGGUGUUUUUUUCAAUUUAUCAAGUUGUUCUUUUAUUACUAUAUGUACAGCAGGGCUGUUUGCACUAGGUUAAAAUAUUUAUUAUUAUGAAAGUAGGAACUACUUGUUUGUGUGAACUGUGUUAUAAUGUUGAAGAUGAAUAUCAUUUUGUUAAUAUUGUACUAUUGCUUAGAACAAUUGCCUUUACUUUUUUAAAAUUUGUCUUUUAUGAUAUAACUCAGCAAGAAAAUGUUACUUUGCCUUUAUACAAUAACUAGAAAUGUAUAAGCUUAACUUAGAUAUCAGAAGGACAGCGACCGGACACUUCUUAUAGAAAUUUUUACAUUUUUCAAAUUAGUUGUAUUUCAUAAACAUGUAUACUGCUUGUUGUUACAGUAAAAAAAACCUGUGAUGAAAAAUGAUGUAUAAUUCAAGUUUUUCUAUUACUUCUUGUAUGUGACUUUUGGAAGAGAUUACAUAAUGUACACAGCAAACUUUGGAUCCUCAUUAAUUUGAUGCAUGUAUUUCACAUGUUCUUUAUAAUAUAAAUCAACAUACACUUAAAUGAAAGCAUUUAACUACUUUUGGUCUUUCAAAAAAUUUGAUCAAAGUAACUUUAGAAAACAAAAAGAAAAGAUAUUUUUGAAAAUUAUUCUAAAUGAAUUCAAAUUUUACAUGUGGUUUAAAUGACUACAAAUUCACCUAUGUGAAUAUGUUGUUCCGGGGGUCAUUUAACUUUAAUGUAAUGUUUGGAUUAUUUGAUCAUUAUGCAAUCACAUUUAAAAACAUUGCUGUAAAAGUGUUAUUUAAUGUCUCUGUUAUGUCUGCAGUGUUUCACUGUUAGAGACUGUCUAGGUUUGUUUUCUCUGUGUUUAUAUGAGAAAUUUUGCAGCUAAUUUUAGAGUAUAAUGAAUAAUUUAGAUAUUUCCAGGAUCUUUUGUUUGCUGUGUUGAAUAGUAAAGAGGGAGUUUGAAGAUAUUUCACAUGUUAUAUGCAUUAGUUUUAUAUGGCAUAUCAGUUCAACUUUUAAAGUGCAAUAAAAUAUGAGCCACGUCACGACAAAACCAACAUAGUGCGUUUGCGACCAGCAUGGAUCCAGACCAGCCUGGGCAUCCGCGCAGUCUGAUCAGGAUCCAUGCUGUUCGCUUACCAACCCUAUAACAAGUAAAGAAACUGAUAGGGAACAGCAUGGAUCCUGAUCAGACAGCUCGGAUGCGCAGGCUGGUCUGGAUCCAUGCUGGUUGCAAACCCGUUAUUUUAGUUUUGUCGUGACAUGGCUCAUUAUUAUCAGUUAUUGUUUUUUUCUGUAGCUAGUUUCAAUGUUUGUAGUUAGUUAUAUUUUUGCUACAAGAAUAGAUAUAAAGUUGACCUCCAAAAUGUGUUAAAAUAAGGACGACGAAAAUAAAGACAUGUAAAGUUCCAUAUAUUACAAAUGAAAUGAAAAUUUAUCAUGUUAAAUUUUCAGAAAUAUUGGAAAUUUUAAUAUUUGAUAUGUACGUUGAUUUAGAUUACUUCGUGUACAAACAAACAGCUGACACAAAAUACAAAACAUGUUUGACUCAAAUGGAAACAAAAAUAUUUAACUUAAUAUAACUUCAAUAUUUUGUUUCAUUACAGUUGUGGCAUAUUUCAUUUAUGAAAUUAAUAAGCAAAUGUAUCCGGUUUAUAGCAGAUACAUAUUUUUUUGCUUGAAGAAAUCAAAACUGCAUAAGUAUUAGAAAUAUGUUAACUGCCAAAAGUUGAUUUUGUUGUAUUUGUAUUUUAGAGAACUUUAGUGGAGUAGAGAUUAUUUAAACAACGCGAGGAUUAUAGAAUAUUUGUUUGUUAUUUAGUUAAAGCACAUUAUUGCUUUUUUCCCCUCAUACAGUUAUUUUGUUAAUAGAUUUUUACCUGUGUGCUGCCUACUAUUUAAAUGCUGGCGUGAUAUUUUUGUUGUUAAAAUUGUCUUCCAAAUGUUUCAUUGUACAUUUUUGUUUGUUAUCGUAAUAGACAAAUAACUCAGCAGCAGGGUGGGUCUAAAUGUUUAGAGGUUUUGUAACUUGUAAGCUGCCAAGCUGUCAAAUCUCAUCUUUAUCAUGUCCAUACCCCUCUAUACCUGUUUGAUUAAUAAUUUACCAUUUCAUCACAAGAAUACAGGUGGUCUCUUUGAGAAACAAAGAUAAUGAAUCUCUUUGUUUUACACUAAUUAGUACUUAUUGAAUGGUUUAGAAGUAAUAAUAUAUAUUUUCCUGAAACACAAAUAUACAUUAUCUGAAUUACUAUAGUUUUAGUGUUAUUUAUGUGAAAAUUUGAAAUUGCAAGGUAACAAGUUUUAAGAAGGAAAAACAUAAUUAUAUAACUGUCUGUUAUUUGCUAAAAUAUACGUCAUAUUUUCCUGUUCAUAAGCAUAAACGCUGGCUCAAGGGCACCGACAGAAAAUGCAUUAGGUUUGGUAAAUAAAGGGCAAUAACUGUGAUCCGACUGAAGACAUCCAGAUUAAAGUUAUCUUUCUUAGAAAUAAGUUCUAUAAGCAGCUGAAAGUUUUUGUACUAGAGUGUUUUAAUUUAUUAUAUAACAAUGUGUGUUAUUUGUAAAGAGAAGUUUUAAUUAUGUAGAUUAAUUGGAAUAUUCCGAAUCUAUUUGAUAAUUGUUUUGUAAGUUGCCUUUUUCCCCCCUCCCCCCUUUUAAUCUAUAUUGAAAAGUUUUAUUUUUGUGCUUUUUACUAGUCUGAUGUGCUUAAUAUAAAUGCCCAGAUCUAGAUCUGAUUUAGAAAUAAAACUACAGAAAACGUA